AGUGGUAGCUGCUGAUAUAGCGGAAGUUUUUGCUUAGUUCCGGUCUCUAUUUUGUAGGCCGCUGGGAAAGAUGACGAAGGGAACAUCGUCAUUCGGAAAGCGCCGUAACAAGACACACACUUUGUGUCGCCGUUGUGGAUCUAAAGCAUACCAUCUUCAGAAAUCCACCUGUGGCAAGUGUGGCUACCCAGCAAAGCGCAAGAGAAAGUAUAACUGGAGUGCUAAGGCCAAGAGACGCAAUACCACUGGAACAGGUCGUAUGAGGCAUCUUAAGGUUGUGUACCGUAGAUUCAGAAAUGGAUUCCGUGAAGGCACAACACCAAAACCCAAAAGAGCUGCUGUUGCAGCCUCCAGCUCCUCUUAAGAACAGAUAUUUGAUAAAAUAAAUUUGGUCAAAAGUUUU